AUCUAUUUUCAUCAAGACACCACCAUAACUUUUUGAAGUCUUCUUCAGGCUCGCCUCCUCUCUGUCUUCCUCUCUCCAAUACCAGCUCUGUGUCGCGUACUUUCCCCGCAGCGACCGCCUUUGCUCUGGAACAAAGGUCGCGUGUUUACGAUUGAUCGGCACAUUCUACGUCAUUGCGUCCCUUUGCAGCUUCCGCUAUAGCUAUCCAGUCUUGCACAUCCUCAAAGAAGAAAGGAAUAAAUUUGGCUCCCACCUUCGCGGAAUUGCGACGAGGGUGUUCUGGCUUUGAACUCCUUCUGCAAACACAACCACAAAGAUGUCAGACACAGAUAGCCUGGACUACCUGCAAACGGGAUUCGAGCCAUCAACAUUGACCGUCCCUCGACUACGAUCAAUCCUCGUCUCUCACGAUAUUGCAUAUCCUUCCGGAGCAAAGAAGCCACAGCUCAUCGAGAUCUUCACCAACGAGGUGCUUCCACAGUCGAAGAAGAUUUUAUCGGAACGAGCGCGCGCCCGCCGGACAAGCAGAGGGAUUACGGAUGCGGAUUCGCAAGAUAGCACGAUUGGCGCGGAUGAGGAUCUGAUGCCUCCACCACCGACUCCGCGAGCUCGAUCGAGUAGGAAAACUUCGUCGAGAUACAAGAGUGAGGAGAGCGAGUCGGAUGCUGCUCCAGCCUUGAGAAGUCCGACGAAGAGAACGCCUAGAGCAAGCAGCAGCAAACACGCCAGGGCUUCGGAGUCGGAGACCAUGGAUGUUGAUGGAGCGAGGAAAUCAGUCCGGAGGACACGAAAGAGCGAAGCCCCUACACCUGUACCUGUCCCGCCGCCGAAGAUGAAAAUUGAGGAGUACGACGAGCGACCAAGUACCUCGAGAAGGGAAAGCGCAUUCACACACGAUAACCCUUUCCAGAGUGGUAGCUCACCUCCAUCAGGCUUGAGCAGUGGUGAGAAGAAGCGAAAGAGUUUAGGUGCCACUUCUAGCAAAACACCUCGGAAAAGCUUGUCUGCGACAAGAAGACGCACUGAUGGACAUCAAGCUGAUGCCGACGAAGGAAUACACCCACCGACUUCCUCGACGUUCGAGAUCCCAGUCAGUACUCUGAAUGGGCUAAAAGACGUCGAUGACAAUGGCGUCGAAGCCAGCGAGGAGUUUACACCUGAAGAGCAGUUGGAACUGGUUCGCGAUCGAGCAGUCAAUGGACUGAAUGCUGUUGGACCUCUCAGACCAAAGCGACAUCAACCUCGAGGCUUCACUUUAAAGGGGCCCUUAUGGGUCGCUGCGCUCACCAUUUUUGGUGGAUAUUCAGCCUGGUACAGACAAGAAAAGGUGGCUGUGGGCUAUUGUGGAGUUGGCAGAGAAGCUACACCCAUUAUUCCUGUCGGCGUCCAGGUCCCUGAUUGGGUCAGAAUCCUCGCGGAACCGGAAUGCGAGCUAUGUCCAAAACAUGCAUAUUGUUCUGAGGCAUUGGAGACCCAUUGCGAGGCCGACUUUGUGUUGAAGCAACAUCCGCUUUCACUGGGUGGUAUAAUUCCACUUGCACCAACCUGCGAACCAGAUGGAGAGAAAGCACGUAGAGUUAAGCUCGUUGCAAGCAGAGUUGUGGAUGGCCUGAGAGAGAGAAGAGCGAACUGGGAAUGUGGCGAUCUGACUAAUGAUGCUGGGCUCCCAGAGCCUACUGUCGAGAUUGAUGCAGACGAGUUGAAGAAGGACAUAAAGAAACAAGGGAAAAAGGUGAGCGAGGCAGAGUUCGAAGAACUCUGGGCCGCUGCGCUUGGAGAUGUUCAGGCGAUGGACGAAGUCACCAGUGUUGUUGAUGGGUUCCUCAUCGCACCUACAGACACCGCCUCCUCAUCAGCAGCACAUCCCUCGCUCGCAUCCCCCUCUCCUGCAAUCUCCGACGAAGCGUCAGACUCACACUGGCAAGAUAUCGCCUCACGCUUAUUAGCCUUCUAAGCCUCGUCGCCGCCGUCUUCUACGUCCGCUCCAUCUUCCUCUACCGCUCAGCAGCCAAUGCCCAAAUCCCCCACCUUGUCUCCCUCACUCUCGACCGCCUCGCCACCCAAGCAGCAUUCCACGCUCAAGACAAAGAAGGCGUCCCCGAAAGCUGGAUUUCCAUCGGCCAACUCCGCGAUGACGUCCUUCGUGACGAGCAUAGCAUCCGCAAGCGCGAAGCCCUGUGGGCGAAAGUCCGCCGUGUCGUUGAGAUGAAUGCCAAUGUGCGAGCCUCCCAACGUGAAGGUCGCAAUGGCGUCAUUUCGAGAGUAUGGGAGUGGAUUGGCGCUGUGCCCAGCCUUGAAAACGGCGGUGAGCGUAGACGGAAGAGUGGGAGAGUCAGUUGGGGGGUUUAUGAUGAUAGAAGUAGUCCUGUGAGUGGAAAUGAUGGCGGUCCACAAAUGGUGCAGAGCAAGUGGGAGGAGGCGCGGCCGAUCUAUUAGCGGGGUUUUACCCGUCUUUUUCUUCGUCGUUCUAUUUACUCUACACUUCUUCUCUGGUUCGAUCCGGAAUUCCUUUUCUUUUGUCGAUAUUUGCGAAGGCAAGGAAUGAACAUCGCUUGGUGUAUUAUCAUUAUUAUUAUUACAUGCGCUCUUGCAUCGAUCGCUUCUUGAUUUGCACGCGUUAGGGUAGCUUUGGAUGGUUCGGAUAGGAUGGCUGGGAGAGAGGUUUCUGGUUGGUUUAACGGCCGAAACUUAUGAUGCCUGGUCACUUACUUGGUGGCAUGCUCACUUGGCCAGGUGCAUAACUUAUUGGAAUAUUAAUUUGCCGACCCUGAAACCCUUUCCUCCCUCUUCCUUCCUUUCGCCUCUGAUGAGUAGUGUGAUGCAUCAUCCCCUUUGUGCUAAAGUUCAAAUGCUGCAAAUCUGGCAAGAGAAGGUGUGCAGCUCCUUCUCAGCGUGUCGCUGCUUGUCUUCCUCAGGCGAGCGAAACGGACUAGAAUCUGCAUACUGAAGGACUAGAAACCUUGGCCCACAUGCCAUAACUUUUGAGAGAAAGCCAGUCUCGGCGACCGAUGGUUAGACAAAGAAGGUAUUUCGGAUUGACAUUCUUGACUGGUGAGGAUUCUCUAUCGUGACAGUCUUUCGUGAAGGAGGAGUGACUGGCUGUGUUGCCAUUUGACACCGGGAGGAGGAGCGGGAGUGGGCAUUUGCUUUGCUGGAAUAUCUUCCUGGUGACAACUAGUAGUUUGAUGCCUUGCCAAUGACCACCAUUUCAGUCUCGCUCCUCAAAAUACUAUGGGGAUGGCUGGUGAGCCAUACUCUUCCGCUGGUUUGUAGACCAGACUUUCAAACAUGGGAUAUUCUACAAGUUGAAGAUCCUCCAGUGAGCCUUGAGGUCGGAGGUAACUGGUGGAGUAGAAUUGAAGACAGGCAAUGAUCAAGAAUCCUAGUAUAGAAAAUCGUUGACGUCGGUUCGCAUUGGCUUGGACUCUCUGACACUGAGGCAUGGUGAUUCAAACCUGUCUUGGAAUGUUUAGAGUAUCGAGUAGUUUCUAGAACUUGCGUAUAAAGACUCGAAUAACAAUAUUCACC